GGUGUUUCAUAGUCUGGAGCAGGUGCAGUUGUCCCUGGAAGAAACAUCCUACUGGAAAGCCUUUGAGGGGUUUAUCAGGAAGACCUGUGAACUGGUCCGCUACGUGAAUGCGCCAGAAAGUGUCCAGAACGGUUUAUCUGCUUUCUCUGAGGAAUCUCCUUGUUACGAAGAAAACAUGGACUGGGAAAUCAUCACUGAUAAUUAUUUUGACUUUUUGAGUAACUUACUCAAGUCUCCAGCUGCUUCCGUAGCCAGGAUCUUGAAUUCCUCCAAGGAACUUCUCCUGAUGGAAAAGAGAUUGCACUCCCCGGAGGACGAGCAAAUGCACUUUUUUUUAUCGCUGGUGGGAUUUCUGGAGAAAUUAUUGCCUAAUCCUUUCGACUCGCCCCGGGUUCCCAAAUCCCGUGACCGCCCAUCUCCCACCGAGAUUCUUCUGAACACAAGCCAUUUGUGGGUAAAUCAUUCAAGAAGUUUAGAGAGAGACCCAUCUGCUCUUGAUACUCAGAAACUUCUGGAACUUGGCAAAGCAGUGAUCGCAAGAGCACAAGCUCUUGAACGUCUCUGGACAGAGAAGGAAUCAAAUGAUAUUUUGAGAUUUAUGGAAUUAGUACUUUCUGAAAUGAAUCCCAAGCUCCUGGAGUUGUGGACGGAUGGCAUUUCAAAAGGAGAAAGAGACAAACUGGAGACCUUGACUACAGGUCUUAACUUUUCUGUUCCAGAAGACGAGAGGGUCCUUAGCAAAAGCUUUAACUUUUCUCAGUUGUUCCAUUCAGAUUGGCCUCCAUUACCAUCUGUGAAAAUGGACUUUGUACCUUUAUGUGAAACGGUCCUAAGCAGCCUCUAUGAAUUCGGAUUUCUGAGGCAGGGCCAAGUCUCCGAGGCUCUGGACGUAGUCUGCGCUUUACGGAACCUGUCUGAGCGUUUCUCAGUCUUUCCUGAACCCGAAAAACAAGAAGUUGCUAAAAUCUUGACUCAGCUCUAUCUCAGCGUCUUCCAGGACAAAGAUUCAGCUUUGCUUCUGCAGAUUUAUUCUUCCUGGUUCCAAUCCAUGUCUGAAUUCUUGAGCAUUCAGGGCACAGACUCUUUGCUACCCUCCCUUGCACAAAUCUCAAAACACAUUUUGGAUAUCAUAAAGCAAUUUCAUUUCCAGAACAUCAGUGAAUCAUUUGCAUUUUUAUAUGAGACAACAGGGGUUCUCGAGGGAAUUUCAGAGGGAUCUUAUUGUCAGCAGUUGCUUUCAUUUUUUAACUACUUGGAACUUCAGGCCCAAUCCCUGGUGUCUACACAGGGCCCCGAAUUGGAAGUGAUUCAUGCUACGUUGACAGGUCUCAAACAGCUGCUCGUGGCCAAUGAGGAUUUCCGUAUUUCUUUCUUUCAGUACAUGAGCCAGUUCUUCAACGGAUCAGUAGAAGCCCUUUUGGGUAAUGAAUGCUUUGCUUUGGAUAGUAAAAACGUUUCUUCCGUGAAUUAUUCAACACACAGAGGGUCUUCAUUUAUUCUUCCGUGGGCACAAAUUCUUUCCAACCUGUCCGCGAAUGGCAGUGUGUUCAAUGAGUUAAUGGCUGUUCGCUGCACCGUCUCGUGGCUCCAAAUGUGGACUGAUAUCUGGGGAAGCAUAUCUCAGAUAUUCAAGUUUGGUGUGAAUAUUUUCACUCCUCUUCACGAUGGCCUCACUCAGCUUCUGGAUGAAUUGGAAGGUGAUGUGAAAGUUUCUAAAAGCUGCCAACGAAUGUUUCCUACCCACCACCCCGCCAGACUCAUACUGAAUUUGUUUAAAAAUGUAACCCAAGCUGAUGGCUUUCAUGAUUGGGAUGAGUUUUUGAGUCUCAGGGAUCUUUGGGUAGUAGUGGGUGAUGCCUUAGUUAGUGUAAAGUCACUUAACCCCGACCAAGUAGAGAAAUCCCUUUUCACCAUGGAGACUGCCCUGAGUCAGCUAAAGACAUUUCCAUUAAACACAAAUGCCAGCAGAGAGUUUUUAUAUUCUCUGCUUGACGUUUUCAUGGAGUUAAGCGAUACCUCAGAAUACAUCGACAGAGACGUACAAUUGUUAAAUCACUUUCUUUCAAAUAACCUCACAAAUCAUGGAGUGAAGUUUGAAAGUGUCAUCAACGAGCUAAGAGAAACAAUGUUAUUGCUUAGAAAUGUGUCACGUGACCAAGAUUUAUUGUCCUGUGCCAAUAUUUUCCAAAAUGUUACCGAGUUUAUUUUGGAAGAUGGCUUAUUACAUGUAAAUAUCUCACAGAGGACAUUACAUAUUCUGGCCGUGUUAAAUUCCACAUUUUCCUCCGAGGACACAAUCAGCAGACGGAAGGGGUGUGUUGCAUGGGUAGAUAUCAUGAACCAUCUGUACAUGAUGUAUAACUCCAGUGUUUCACAAGGUUAUCCUCGGGGUAUUUGGAAGAGUUUCAGAGAUGUAGAGAACAAAAUUAACUCUACAUUGAAGCUUGUUACUGGGAUGCUGAAUAUAAAGGACUCUCAUUGUUCGUUCAACACGUCAGAUCCAGAUUGCGUGAAUACUGUAUUGAAAAAUGUAACUGAUUUCCUAAAUGUGAUACUCACUGAAGUCUUUGAAGAGGAAAAGGUACCUAAAUUAGAGAUUUUAUUAACUCUUUUAAAUGAUUCCACAGACCAAGUAAGGAUGAUUAUCAACAACUUGACAAGAGACUUUGAUUUUGUACCUCAAUCCCACUGGAAACGUUUUACUGGAUUCGUUCUAAGACCCAUAGAAAUGUCAGAUGACUUACCUAGUCAAUUUAAAAAUCUUUGGCUGCAUUUAGUAGCUCUGGGGAAGGAAGUUCAGAAACUUAUGAAGGCUAUCUCCACUCACAUCCUAGAAAGUGACUCCUCUUCUACAUCUGAGAAGCUUUUCAACAUAUUUGCUACCAGUCUAAAAGAAAAGGAUGUCAACAGCUUGGGCAAUUCAUUAUAUCAGUUAGCCAGUUACCUUGCCUUCAACUUCUCUUAUGAUCUCCAACAUCCACCACAAAUGAGUCCGCACAAAAUCACGAAAGCUGUAGGACUUGGUAUCCAACUGAUGAGGGAUGUGUUCAACUCCCUGACACCCUCAGUUCUUCACAACAUUCCACGAGAUGCAGGUAAUAGUCAAGUGUUCAAGAAGGUAACUUCUCUCCUGCGUACCCUCAAGAAGCCAGACAUAGACCUACUGGUCGACCAACUUGUACAAAUGAGCGAAGCGCUAACGGAUUUCUUUAAGAACGUCAGUAGAUUGGGUCCUGGCCGUUUGGGGGCGAACCUGCUUGUUGGCUUGCUGGAAAAAUUUGUGGACAGCUCACAUUCUUGGAAUGUCAAUCACCUGCUCAAGCUCUCACGCCUGUUCCCGAAGGAUGACGUUAACGCGGUGGUAGAUGCCUACUACGUGCUUCCUCAUGCUGUGAAGCUCCUGCAGAGAGGAGUUGACAAAAACAUCACAGAAAUCCUCGAGGAUGUCUACAAGUUCACUGUCCUUCAUGGCAUCAGCAUCUCAAAUAUCACCAAGGAAGACUUUGCUAUUGUGAUAAAAACUCUUUUGGACAUGGUGGAGUUGAUAUCAGAUAAACCAGCAAUUCUUUCCGAGGCUUUAACAUGCCUUCCUGUGGUUUGGUGCUGGAAUCACACGACUUCUGGAUCGAGGCAAGAUCCCAAGGUAGAAGCCUGUAAAUCCCACGAGCUCACGUCUUCUUCCUUUUAUAGCAAAGUGGCCAGAGUACUCGACCUGCUCCACCUCUCUCCCGUGGGCGGAGGUUUACAAUGUUCGGAUGAAGGCUCACAGGAGGAGAUUUCUAGGACGAUGGUCUGUGUCAUUCAUGAACUAGUGGACUGGACUUCCAUUUUUCUAGAGCUGUCCGAAGUCUUCCACGUUCAAACUUCACUUGUAAAAACCAUGCGAGAAUUUUGGCAUAAAGUGUUACCGUUUGUCCCGUCUUCUGGAAAUCAAAGCAACAGUGGCAUCUCUGAACUUUGUCCCAGCGGCCCCCUAAAGCAAGUUGCUUCUCAGAUCAUAGCAACACUGAAAAGUGUUAGCUUUACAAAAGUUGCACCAGAUGAAAAGAUUCUUGAUACACUAGCCAAUUUAAGCAAGAUCCUCAACAUUAACGAAGGCACAGAGGCAUCUGUUCAAAAUAAGAUUUCCUUAAAUUUGGAAAGGAUCAUGAAAUUGCUUUCUGGGGAUCGGCACCUAGAAAAUGGUGCCCAUUCUGUAGACUCUCCAUUUGUGAUGUUUCUGGAUGCUAACGUGACGGACAGUGGUUUAGAAGCACCACCAAGCUUUACUAAAACAAGUGACGCGACUUAUAACUCUUCUUACUUUGAGGAACUGUGGCUUGAGGUUGAACAAAUCAUGACAGAGCUAAGCCACGACUUUCCUAUCAGACACCUGCUUUCUGAAAUUAACAAAGAAAUUCAAAUGAUCAGUUCAGAGACUGUUCAAAACAUAACUUUGCAACUUGCUCGUGUGUUUGAAAGCCUGGGGUCCUUGUCACUGAAGACAUCAGAAAUCAUUGAAGAUUUUCUAUUGGGCAUGAAAAACUGGCUCCAUAAACGUGCGAACAAAGAUGACUCCAGAAUGAUUAAGACAUUAUUUCUUCUGACAGCCAGUGAGAAUGCAACUGAUGAUACAGCUCUGUGGAUCAAAGAUUUUGCUACCUUUUUGGGUUUUCUCAAAGCCAUUUCUAGGGAAGGUGACCUCGAUGUUGCCCAUUUGACACAACUGCUAAGCCAAGAGCAGCUAACUAAUUUGUCGCUCGUUCAAUUCCUUUUUGAAAGUGUCCUAAUUAAUUCAAUCAGUAAGUUAGCUGGGAGUUCUCUGGAGGCAGCCUCAAAUUCGAGUGAUACUGACCUUCAGAUAACGAAUUUCAUUAACCUCACCUUGAACCAGACUCCUUCAGGAAAUGGUGCAGGCAUAAUCCUCCCUCCACGAAGUGCAGUGGAUUUCAUGGAACAGCUUUUGCAAACGUUCUUCUCGUUUUUACUGGAGGAAAAUUCUGAGAACAGACUAUCUCUUCUGCUGAAGGCCUUCCACAAAGACAUCGCUGCAGAGAUGAGCUUUGUCCCAAAGGAUAAAAUUCUAGAAAUUCUGUCACUGGAUCAAUUUCUUACCAUCUUGAAAGACGACAGACUGAUGAGCAUUUUCUCAAGUUUAAAGGACGCUAUACAUCAUCUCAUCCAAAGGCCGUUUAUUUUAGACAAUGGACAAUUUCAUUUUGAUAUUCAUCAAGGACUGAAGUUCAUGAGAGAUUUAUUUAGUGCUCUUCCAAGGGAAACCUCGGGGACAAACAAGUCGGAAGAUAAUUUGGAGUUUCUUAUGGUUGUGAGUCACUUGCUCCGCCACGGGAACAGUUCUGAAGACCUCUUCCAACUCAAUCACGAUCUCAGGUCAGCCCUUCAGCUUGUGAGAGAAACUUCCACAGAGCUAGCACGGCUCAUGGACGUGCUCGCCCACUCUCCUCACAGGGGCUUCCAUAACGUGUAUCCCGCACUCCGAGAAGUCAUACUUGCUAAUCUCACUGGUCUGCUUUCCUUUAUCAAUAAUUCAUUCCCUCUAAGGAACAGGACAACGUUAGAAAUGACCAAGAGAUUCCUUGGUGUUCUCUCAAGAGCUGGUGGAGAAAGUGGUGCCCCGGAGCCCCUGUUGGAAAUGACUGACACCGUGACCUUGCUGGUGAGGGACAUUGCCGACAUGAGAGAUCUUGCCUCCUUGGUGAACUCCACCGUGGAACUGGUCAGGCUAGCCCAGAAGGUUUCCAGGAAGGUGGCCACUAUUUUUGAAACCCAUCUCAUCUCUAGUGCCAAUGACACCAUGAAAUUCUUUGACAGUCUCUAUUCUGUUUUGCAACAAAGUGUUCGAAAUGCUGUGAAUGAAAUAACCACUUUGAAAAACGUAGACCGUUUCCUAUCUGAAAAGAUAAACAACUUGUUGACGCCGUUUCUUGACUUGGCUUUUGGGAUGACUGGGGUCACACGUAAUAUUUCACAAGACUCUGAUAUUGUCAACACGUCAUCUAGCACAUUCUCUCAUGUGAACCAGUCCAAGGACUUUUCUGAUAUUUCGGAAGAAAUUGCUGAAUUUUUAACUUCCGUGAAAAUCAAUUUGGGGGCUAUGGAGCUUCUUCUGGUAGCUUUUAAUAACGCAACUCAAAUAUUCAGUAUGGAUUCUGUCAACCUAUGGGAAGAAAUUUUGGAUUGCUUCGUUCCUAUAAGUAGUAUCAUCAACCAGAUAGACUUCUUGCACCCUCGUCCACUCCCCACUCAUUGUUGCCCUCAAGGUACUAAAUGGGAAAGAACCCAGGAAGUGAUCCUGUUUUUGGAUGAAAUGCUAUCACGAGACAGCACGGAAAUAGGGACGUACUUGAGAAUGGUGAUUGAUCUCACCUUGGAAGCUCUUUGGAGUAACUUAGAGAAGGAUAACAGGUCUGUCUUUAAUCUGUUGCUGACAUUGGUUCAACAUCCAGAUGACCUUCUGAAAGCCAUAGAGACAGCUGGGGAGGUCUCUGGUGGAACAGGUGAUCUGAGCGAAGCUUUGUUUUCCAACGCAUCUCUGAUUCCGAAUGUAACUCGUCAACAACUCGAGCAAUCAGUCCAGAUCGUGUUAAGGAGAAUAGCUCUCUUGAGAAAAGAAUUUCCCCUGAACAACUCUCAGUGGGUAGACUCCACGAGAACAUUGUUCCAGCCCAUCUUUGAGAGUUUUAUUAAUGCAGCCACUGGAAAGAAUACCACAUCGGGGAAAGAAGAGAGCAUCGAGGAGGUGAUGGCUGAUUUUCCUUACAUCCUCAAACCGCUAUCAAGUUUCGAGAAGUACCUGAAGGAACUAAUUGCAUUGAUGGAGUGCUGGCAAGAGGUCCCACUGAUGGAUCAAAGGUAAGAAAACGCCCGACUCACUUCCUUUUUGCCCCAUUGCAGGAACUACAAAAC